AUGGUAUACAACAAGGAAGCUUACAAGAAUGUUUACUAUAUAUAUGAAGAUGUUAUAGAUUUACAAAACAAAGGUCUAUUGAGGGAGCAAGUGAAAGUGCUCACUUUCUGUGGUGCCAUUGAUUUUUCAGGAAACAGAUUUGAAGGAAAAAUUCCUGAAUCUAUUCGUCUCUUAAAGGCAUUUAUUGCGCUCAAUAUAUCAAACAACGCAUUUACAGGCCAUAUUCCUAUGUCUUUGGAAAAUCUUACGGAACUAUUAGACCUUUCAAGAAACAAACUCUCAGGGACUAUUCCUAAUGGAUUAGGGAGCCUCUCGUUUUUGGAGUACAUAAAUGUGUCUCAUAACCAAGUCAGAGGUGAAAUACCAAACAAAACAAAAACUAUUGGACAAGAUAAAUCCUCCUUUGAAGGGAAUGCAGGGCUUAGUGGUCUUCCUCUAGAACAAAGUUGCUUUGACUCUUGUGUGCCUGCAAUACAACCAAAGCAAGAAGACGAAGAAAAAGAAGGAGAAGUGUUGAACUGGAAAGCAACGGUUAUAGGAUUUUCUUCUGGAGUGUUAUUUGGAUUGGCAAUAUCACAACAAUUCUUCAUAUAAGCCAGAAUGGCUCGUCAAAAUUAUUGGUCCUGAAAAGCGCAAACACCGUUAGAGCCUUAGAGGAAUGACUUGGUUUUACGUGUGAUCUUUGAAUGUCUACGUCAAAACAUUGAUGGUUUUGUAAUGAAGUGGUUCCUUAUGUUUUUUGUAUCGUCAUGUGAA